GGGUUGGGGAAGGUGAAUCUAAAUCUUUUACCCCUAUCUCGAUUAAUUCACAAACACCUGGACUCGUUGAUCGAUGACGACGUGAACGAGACAGGUUCAUCCCAUCUCAGUUCCUAGUUCAGUAUCGUUGCCCCGUGCAGACACGACCACCCACCAGCGCCCUUCCAAACUCCAAGCAGCGCCAAUCAUAGUGACCAUCUCGAAUCUCACGAUGGCUUCAACUAAGAAAUUUCUUAACCACCCGGGAGCCAAGGAGGCUCCGGCUCAUGCCUUGGAGUUCCAGCCGGAGGCGGACCACAAUCCUCCCAUGCGCGGACUGCCGUUGGUAGCUGCCUCGAUGCUCAUUUCCAACUCGCAAUGGCUUCAAAGGUUCAUGUGGAGUAAUGCCAAAUUCGGCCAGGCCAAAUAUAUGUUGGAACUGAAUGGUGAACAAUGGAGGGCGCAACCCAACGUCAUCCCCAUAUCUUCUUCUUCCUCAAUCUCCACCCAGCCAAUCCUACCCCUCGACCCCUCCCUAACCACCCCUCAACCCCCCACCGUCCCGGGCCGCUUCAACUCCAUAGCCGACUACCACGCCGCCUACGCCUCUGGGCAGCUCACGCCGCUACAGGUCAUCGACGCGCUCCUCCCUCUGAUCCGGCGCGACAUCAAGCCCAAGCAGCAGCAGUCCAAGUACGCCGUAGCCUUCAUCCAGUCCAAAGUGGACGAGGUGCUGGCCGAGGCCAAGGCGUCGACGGAGCGUUGGCAAGCCGGCAGGCCGUUGGGCAUCUUGGAUGGCGUGCCAUUUGGUGUGAAAGAUGAUACCGAGGUGGAGGGAUACGUGUCGACCAUGGGCAUGAAGGUUGAUGAGAGGUUUGAGUAUUUCAAAAAGCCAGCGACGGAGACGGUGUGGCCGGCGAAGAAGUUGAGAGAGGCCGGGGCGAUCAUGGUGGGGAAGAUGAAUCAGCAUGAGAUUGGAAUGGACACGACGGGUUGCAACCCUGCUACGGGAACGGCUACGAACUGGUACAACACCCAGUACUUCCCUGGAGGCUCGUCAUCUGGUGCUGGAUCUGCCCUGAGCGCCGGUCUUGUGCCCAUCGCUAUUGGUACUGAUGCCGGCGGCAGCAUGCGCAUCCCGCCAGCCUUCUGCGGCGUCUACGGCCUCAAGCCCACCCACAACCGGGUCGUCAGCCGCAACUCAUCCAUGUGCGUCGUCGGCCCCAUGUGCUCUAACCCAUCCGACCUGACCAUCGCCUACCGGAUCAUGGCCCAACCCAACCCGUCGGACCCAGCGCAAUCCUCUCUCGCCCCGUCCAUCCCCCCCUCGCCCACGGCCAAGAAAUACCUCGGCCUCUGCCCCGAAUGGAUCGCCCUCGCCGACGCGGACGUGCGCACCACCUUCAACCGCGCCAUCGAGACGCUCUGCAGCAGCUCUUCCUUGGGCGGCUACGAGCUCGUAACCAUCAAGCUGCCCUACCUGCGCGAGGGCCAGCUCGCCCACGCCGCGACCUGCCUGACCGAGGCGGCGGCCGACGCCCGCAACCGCGUCGCCAACCCGGACGACUACCUCAAGCCACUCAACUACCCGAACCGCAUCAUGGUGUCGAUGGGCGCGCAGACCCCCGCUGCCGACUACCUCCGCUAUAACCAGCUGCGCCAUGUCAUUAUGCAGCACCUCGCCCACCUGUACGAGCAGUACCCCGGUCUGCUAAUCGUGACGCCGACUACGCCCAUGGCUGGGUGGCCGAUCAUGCCGGGUGAUAAUGUGUAUGGGUGCAGUGAUGGGAAUAGGAGCAUUAGAAAUAUGACGUAUGUGUGGGUUGCGAAUACGAGUGGGUGUCCGGCGGUGACGUGCCCCGGAGGGUAUGUCGAGGCGCAGCAAGGGGAGGGCAAAUUGCCGGUGGGCGUGAUGGCGAUGGCGGAGUGGGGAGAGGAGGAGAGGCUGUUGGGGUUCGCGAGGGAGAUGGAGAGGUAUCUUGCUGAGGCGUAUGAGGGCGGGAGGCAGAGGCCAAAGGAGUGGGUGGAUAUUUUGGGGGUCGCGAAGGGUCAGGUGAAGGUUUAAUAUAGGCUCGAUUUUGGAGCGAUUUGGGCGCGCAGGCGUCCAUGAUGGCCUGGCGAAGAUGAGCUUGGAGGUGUAACGGAUAUGCUAAUAAACUGAUAAACUGAAAAUAUUUGAGUACGGCUUGACCCGGAACGACACCGGUCUCUUUGCCUUGGCCAUGAUCACGUCCCGCGUCUGCGCGAAAGUUCUCUGCUUGAGUGGUUCCCCUUGUCUUCAACUAUGUUAUCUGUGACCGGCCUGUCGGCGACGAAAACGCACUGGCCGGAUAAUUCUGAGACGGAAUGAAUCGUUCGGAGGUCGUCGUCAGUCGUCACUCAGGGCUUGCGCCGGCAUCGGAGCUCUUUCCGGCCUUGGAACCCUUUCUUUACUCCUUGAUCAAGUGUUCCAUGGCGGAUGUUUGAUUGGAUUGAGCUGAAAAAUGUCUGGAGACGUCUGUCGGGGGCUCUGGAGCGUAUGUAUGUCACAUCGGGCUCGAUGGCUAGAACAAAGUCAACUGACGACCAUCCGGAUGACCCGGAUGGACGUAUGACGAUACGAACGCUAACGGCCGGUCGGCAAUUACGAGCCAACACCGCGGAUGCAGGUGAAUAAGAAGCGAGGAUACUUAUCGUUUGAAGUAACCGUCUUGCUAGAGAGCUCUCGGUGGAGAAAGACCUGCCGCUGUGCUCCG